AUGUAUUACGCCAUUCAGGGACUGGCUCUCAUUUUUGUAUUAGCUCUCUAUCUAGUCCUGAGAAAGAGCAAAAGCAGCAAGAGUCAGAGUGGAUAUUUUAAAGACAAAAUUGGGGACCCCAUUCCAUCCCUCCCCGAGGACACAAGAUUCCGGCGAUUUACAAAUGGAAAGGAAAUAUCAGACCAAGGAGCCAAAGAGUUCGGAGAAAGACCAUUUCUUGUGCGAAAUGGGCGUCACAGGGAGCUGAUCAUCUCUCACCCCUCUCAUAUUAAAGAUUUCUACAUGCAAGAUGCUGCAGGCGAGUGA